AUGAAUAAAUUAUAUUUCCCUUUGUUUUCUUCCAGGUACAAGGAAAUGCUAGAACUGGUGAUCUCACCCAGCCUCACCGUAAACCGCGAUCGUCCGGGUAAAGCGAAGCUUAACCGUGCGGAUGUCCGGACUCUGAGUGACGUAGAAGGCACCACCACAUCAGCCUCCCCGAGUGUGUCUCAGCUCUUCACAAGACCUUGCCCACACGUCCUGCCCAGCCAGCCCGCCACGGCCAUGGCAGCCUACGGCCAGACACAGUACAGUGCGGGGAUCCAGCAGGCUGCCCCCUAUACCACCUAUCCACCCCCAGCACAAGCCUACGGAAUCCCUUCUUACAGCAUCAAGACAGAAGACAGCUUGAACCAUUCCCCCAGCCAGAGUGGAUUCCUCAGCUACGGCUCCAGCUUCAGCACCCCACCCACUGGACAGAGCCCGUACACCUACCAGAUGCACGGCACGGCGGGGAUCUACCAAGGAGCAAAUGGCCUGACCAAUGCAGCCGGAUUCGGAAGUGUGCACCAGGACUAUCCUUCCUAUCCCGGCUUCCCCCAGGGCCAGUAUUCCCAGUAUUACAGCUCGUCCUACAGCCCUCCUUACGUCCCGGCCAGCAGCAUCUGCCCGUCUCCCCUCUCCACUUCCACCUACGUCCUCCAGGAGGCAUCUCACAGCGUCCCCAGCCAGAGUUCUGAGUUGCUUGGCGGCGAAUAUAACACGCACAACGGACCCUCCACACCGGCAAAAGAGGGAGACGUGGACCAGCCGCCCCGGGCCUCCGACGGGAAGCUCCGAGGCCGCUCCAAGCGGAGCAGCGACCCCUCCCCAGCAGGGGACAGUGAGAUCGAGCGUGUGUUCGUGUGGGAUUUGGAUGAGACGAUAAAUUUUCACUCCUUACUCACCGGGACCUUCGCGUCCAGAAGUGGAAAAGACACCACGACGUCGGUGCGCAUCGGCCUGAUGAUGGAAGAAAUGAUCUUCAACCUUGCAGAUACGCAUCUGUUCUUCAACGACCUGGAGGAUUGUGACCAGAUCCACGUUGAUGACGUCUCAUCUGAUGACAACGGGCAAGACCUGAGCACGUACAACUUCUCGGCCGACGGCUUCCACAGCUCGGCCCCAGGAGCCAACAUGUGCCUGGGCUCCGGCGUCCACGGCGGCGUGGACUGGAUGAGGAAGCUGGCCUUCCGCUACCGGCGGGUGAAGGAGAUGUACAACACCUACAAGAACAACGUCGGUGGUUUGAUAGGAGCUCCCAAAAGAGAGACUUGGCUACAGCUCCGAGCCGAGCUGGAAGCCUUGACCGACCUCUGGCUGACCCACUCUCUGAAGGCGCUUAACCUCAUCAAUUCCCGGCCCAACUGUGUCAACGUGCUGGUCACUACCACGCAACUAAUCCCUGCCUUAGCCAAAGUCCUGCUGUAUGGACUGGGCUCCGUGUUUCCUAUUGAGAACAUCUACAGUGCAACCAAGACAGGGAAGGAGAGCUGUUUCGAGAGGAUAAUGCAGCGAUUUGGCAGAAAAGCCGUCUACAUUGUCAUCGGUGAUGGCGUGGAAGAGGAGCAGGGGGCGAAGAAGCACAACAUGCCCUUCUGGCGGAUAUCCUGCCACGCGGACCUGGAGGCGCUGCGGCACGCCCUGGAGCUGGAGUAUUUAUAGCGGAGCCGGGGCCUCGCCACCUGCCAUCGCGGGCGCAUCCCACGCACCCACCCACGCCCUCGCCGUCCCCGCCUCCUUGCCAGAUGCCGGACGCCGGGCGGGGCCCCUGCGGCCGAGAGGACGUGCCUGGUGACCAUUUCAGCGGCUGUCCCCGUAGUCCGAGCUCGGGUCCGGAGACGCGGGAAGCCCACAGCGGCUCUGGAACAUUUCACUUUGGAGAAGAGGACUGGCUCGGAGACCAGGCCUUCCUACAAGACCCACAGAACAAAAGCGAGGGAUUGCUGAUUUGGGGGGGGGGUGGGGGCAGUAAUGAGGAGGGGACAGGCCUGGGAUUUUUUUGUUGUUUUGUUUUUCUUUUUAAUUUAUGGACUAAUCUCAUUGCUCCGGUAUUACCCUCUUGUACCUGUGUUGUCGGUUUUCUUAGUCGUUGGUUUGGUUUGGUUUUCUAACCUGGCAUGUGGGCUGGGGCAGCUGGCAUUUAGUACUCUCUGCUCCAAGUUGUGCUCUGGGGGGACAAUCAUUCUUUGAACAAUUGGUGAGGGAGGCGGGUCAGGGCUGAUGGGAAGACUGUUGCUUAUUUUAGUUUUUCAAGACCUAACCCGAUGUCAUGUGGACAGUGCACGUGCCUUAUGCUGCCAUCUUGUUUUCUAGGAAGAGGGGACCCUGGGGAGGAGGCGGUACUUUGUGACGGAUAAAAGGCAUUAAAUAAAACCACGUUUACAUUUUGAAGUGGG